AUGAAGAGCCAGUACGCCAGCAUCUCCUUCGACGAUUUUCAGAUGGAGAUCUCCCCGCUCAAGAAUGCUGGUCUAGCACAGGGAUCCCCGCUAUCCCCAAUCUUAUUUGGAUUCUUCAACUCCGACCUGGUCGACCAGCCCGUCAACCACCAUGGCGGCGCGUCAGCUUUUAUCGAUGACUACUUUCGAUGGCGAGCCAGUCAGUCCGCGGAAGACAAUAUCAGAAAGAUUCAGGAAGAGGAUAUCCCCCACAUUAAGGCAUGGGCCCGACGGACGGGAUCCUCGACGGUAAUCAAGCCAAGUGAUACAGUAAAACUUCUAGGCGUGAUCUUCGACAAGGAGAUGCAGUGGAAGGAACAUGUACAGCAAAUAGUCAAGCGAGCAACCCAGGUGAAUAUUGCCCUGGGGGGAUUGAGACACCUCUGUCCAGAGCAGAUGAGACAACUCUAUCAAGCAUGCGUAAUACCAAUCGUGGAUUACGCAUCCACCGUCUGGCAUAACCCACUAAAGGAUAAGAUACACCUGAGAACGCUGGGUACGGUACAACGAACCGCCCUUAUUCACAUUCUCUCUGCCUUCAAGACGGCAUCCACGGCAGCCCUAGAGGUGGAAGCCUAUGUGCUACCAACCAAUUUACAACUUAAAUAA